AUGCAAUUUCUUGUAUUGUUUUUAUGCAGGUUAUUUUCCAAAUGUUGCUAGAUAUAUUUUUAAAUAAUAUAUGUUAUUUUGUAUGUGUGUCCUUGUAUUUUUAGCUCGAAAAAUUGCAGGCCCUGGGGUUAAGGUGGGUUUUACUUCUCUCCAAGCCUGGAAAAAAGCCAAACAAUUGGGUGUCUGAGGUUUUGGCACCCCGCUGCCAGCUGAGUGAGACAUCACAUACAUGCCUUGAACGAAUUAAGGGCAUGUAUGAUAUUGUUAUUCAAGGCUGGACCCCACAUGUAAUUGAAAGUUCAUCAGCCCCAGUUGAACCCCCAACAGGACCACCAAUGGUCAUAUCAAAUCAGCAGGAAGCAGUGGCCCUGCUUAAUCCCCCAACAGCUCCAACGGGACCUCCAGCAGCCCUUAUUGGACCACCGAAGUCCCCAAUUGGACAGUCAGUGUCCUCUUUAGCACCCUCGGUAAAGCAAUCCCAGAACCUGGGGAAAAGACCCCACUCCCCAGAAGGACCUUCAGCAGCCUCCCCAGUUUCUUUUGAAAAAGAUGAAGUUGUGGAAGGAGGCUGUCCUGCUCCCACUAUUGUGCGGCCGAAUAAAAGGAAAGUGGAAGUUGUGGAAGGAGGCUGUCCUGCUCCCACUACAGUGCGGCCGAAAAAAGGAAAGUCAAAAGCAUGUUAG